AUCGAACAGGAUCCUCACAUGACAACUUUCGACGGCGUAAGAUACAACUUCCAGGGUCUGUGUACAUAUGUUCUCACUCAGGACUGUAGUAACAUUCAUGAACCAUCAUUUCAAGUGACUGCUGAUUUCCGUGGGAAAUAUUCUGAGUUACGUUCAAAACCACUAACUCGUAUUAAUGCUGUUGAUGUUUACGUUGAUGGAAUGCAGUUACUGCAAAUACUCAAAAAUGAUCAUUUUCUUAUAAAAGGUCAACUCUUCACCAAUUCAUCUGCUGUAAUUGGUAAUGGACAAGGAACUGUGAAGGUAGAUGAUGAACACGUGUACGUAAAACUGGAUAGUCCCGCUCUAUCUCUGGUUUGGACAAAAGAGACCCAUGGUAUCAAUAUAGCUUUGAAUGGUCCUAAUAUGCGAGGCAAUGUCUGUGGUCUACUGGGAAACGCUAAUGGUGAUCCUGAGGAUGACUUCAUGAAAUCCGACGGCGUUAUUGUAACUAAAGAUGAUAUAUACGAGUUUGGAGAUAGUUGGAUGGUCUCUGGAAGCUGUGAAUAAUGUAACCAUGGAAAGAUCAAAACGUGACGUGAAAUGAGGGCCCGGGACAUACAAUAAGCAUAGUGUUGUUUGGAACAUUAUUAAAUUACUGGUGUCGGGUAAUUGUUAUCACUAAUAUUGAGCAGAAGCACAAAAAGUUAUGUAGUAUAUAUAGAUGUGGUUUAAUUGUUACGGAUAAAGAAUACAUUGAGAUACGGUGCCAUGGUUUAAA